GGUUGGUGGGGACUGCAAGAAGGAGGGUGUCUGCCCUGCAACUGUGAUGAUAUCGGCUCUGUGAACAGCUCCUGUGAUGCAUCUAACGGACAAUGUUACUGUAAGCCUGGUGUUGGGGGCCUGAAGUGUAACCAGUGCCUUCCUCUCUUCUAUGGACUUUCUGUCUACGGAUGUGCAGAAUGUGACAUUUGUAACAAACCUGGACACAUCUGUGAUCCAGACACUGGACGUUGUGUUUGUCCUCCGUACACUCAGGGGCCAGAGUGUCAGUACUGUCUGCCGAACUGUUGGGGACAUCAGGCUGUCAGAGGAUGCAAGCCGUGCAACUGUGAACCACACGGGAUCCAUUGGGCUCCAGUGUAAUGAAGUAUCCGGUCACUGUAAGUGCCACGAAGGAUACGCCGGUGCCCAGUGUAACAGCUGUGCCAGAGGCUACUACGGGUUCCCUCAGUGCCGACCUUGUGACUGCAACAGAGCAGGAACCAACCCUCAACAUUGCCCUGGAGGAGUCUGUGUUUGUGAUGACAACGGGCAGUGUCCCUGUAAGAGCAACGCUGCAGGGAGGAAGUGCGGAGAGUGCAAGGCUGGGACGUUCGGCCUGAUGGAGGAGCAGCCAGACGGAUGUGUCCAGUGGCUUCUGCUUCAACAGAACUACGCAGUGCCGAGAAGCUGA